AAAAACUCACUAAGGAAACGUGAAUUGCACCUUCAAAGGUGGCACUGGAGAAACAAGCAUCUGUUGAAAGUGCUUAUUGCCAGUUCGUCCCCAGACACUAAGAAAGUUUAAAUCACUUGAAUUCCCUUGUCAUGAUCUGGAUUCUGACUGUUGACAUCAAUGUUUUUAGCCUGUUUUUCUGCAGUGCUCUCUCAGUGCGAUUAGAGGAGUCAUGGAUCGUCACAUUCCCAUGCACGCCUUACCCAAAGAAAUCCAACAGGCUGGUUCUUCUUCCUAAAGAUGCCCCUGCUGUGUUUCUUUAUUUUCCUUUUCUGUGUAUGGGCAAGGAGGGCUUCUGCAGAAAUCAGAGCAGAGAGAUGUCUCCUGAAGAAACAGUUUGUAAAUACUGUGGCGUCAGCUACCUAAUUCUACAUGAAUUUAAGGCUAUGGAAGAAAAACUGAAAGCGGUGCAAGAAGAAUUGAAAUUUUAUCAAGGAAGUGUAGAACGAGAAAAGAGACUUCAAGAAAAGCUGCAGUCUCUUAGCCAGGAGUUUGAACAGUAUAAAACUGACAGCGAAUCCAAGAAGGAAAGAGUUCAAGAUGCAAGCAUGCAGUUAAAAAAGCAACAAAAUGAAUUUCAGAGAGUACAGAAAGAAUUAAGUCAUCUACAACUUGAGUUAAAAAUUAAACAAAAACAAUCUCAAGUCUUCAGUCAAAGAUUGUCAGAAUACAAAUACUUCUGGAAUAAGACUCUUUUAUUACUUACUUUUACUAAAAGGGAACUAACAAGUAUUAAAUGUGAAAUAAAUGAUAAUUUUCAAAACUGGACUUCACUGAAAGGAGAAGUGUUUCUACAAAUUAAAUCUAUAAGUGAUACAGCCUUGGCAGAGAUAGAUAUGUUAAAUAAAAGUCUGACAGUGUCUCAGAGAAAUAAGGUAUGCCUGGAAGAGGAAAUGAAAUGUCUCAAAUUGUUGUCGGAUGCAGCCAUAUUGAGGUCUCAGCAGAUGGAGGCGUCCAAGCAGCAUGAAGUGAACCUGCAAGCCAGGUGCUACGAGCUGCAGAAGGAGGCACUAGAUCUACAGUGUCAAGUAGAAGCCCUCGGGCUGAGACUUCAGAAGACAGUGAAGGAGCUGGACAGCUGUAAAGAGACGCUCAUGAAAAAAUCUAAUGAUGCUAAUAACUGUGAAAGAGAACUUAGAAAACUGAAGUUUGAGUCCAUUAUCUCUGAGUCAAGGCACAAAAGGCUACUUAAAGAAAAAGAAGACUCUUUAAUUACUUGCCAACAUCUAUAUAAAACCGUACAGGAAGAGCUGACUACAAAAGGGAGACAAGAGGAAGAUAUAAAGCGAAGAAUCAACCUUGCCGAAAAUGAACUAGAGAUGACCAAAACGCUCCUGCUUCAGACACAGGAAGAAAUUGUAACACUGAAAAAUGAAAGGGAACUGAUGCUGGUUUCUCAUCAGAAAAGCAUCGAGCAGCUGCAGGAAACCCUGAGACAGAAGCUGCUGAACGAUGACAGCUGGAGGGAGAAGAUUGAAGCUGAGCUCAGCAAGGAAAGAGCCCGGCAUCUCAUUGAGUUUCAGGACCAAGCUCUUCUCUUUAAGGAGGAAGCUAAACUGGAACUUGACAUUGAAAAAGAAAAGCACCAGGAACUAAUCCGGAAGUAUCAGAAAGAACAAGAGGGCCUGCAGAGCAAGAUAGCUGACCUAAUCGCAGAUGCUACAAAAGACCUGAGGCUGGAAGUGGCCUCUCUCCAAGAAAAACUCCAUGAGUCCCAUGCGCGACACUCAGAAGAGUCUGAGUCAAAGAAAAAAGAAAUUGAAGACCUGAAAAAUCUGGUUGCAGAAUUGGAGUGUCGUUUGAAGGAGGAAACUGGCCAUGAUGAUUCAGUUUCCAAAGAGUUGAAGAAGGAAAUGAAACAGAAGUCAGAUGAGCUGGAAAGAGUAAGGCUGGCCCAGACACAGCUGCUGCAGCAGUUCAGCCAGUCACAGGAAGAGAACACUUUUCUCCAGGAAACAGUGCGCAGAGAGUGUGAAGAACGCUUUGAACUGACAGAGGCUUUGAGUCAAGCCAAAGAACAGCUCCUGGAGCUUAAGAGGAGCGGAGGAAGCUUAAGAAGUUCCCUCAAUAAGGGUGCCCUAACCCACCCUGCCUCGGCAGUCAGUAAUCACCGCGAGCUAAGCAAUGUGAGACACAACUGUGGACGAGGCACCAGCUCGGCCAGCCUGCGCGGACUGCCAAAACCCUCCGCAACCCCAACCCCAGAUAAACUCAAGAAGGUCGACAGCUCCGGACUGCCUGCCCUUUCCCAGGCAUAUCCUCCCAGGGGCCGAGCAAUUUCAGUAACCGAGACCAGGCAGAGGUUGACAGCCAUCAUUCGCAGGAGGCUGAGUCAGCAGCGAUGACCUGCUUGGGAGGGUUCCACCCUCGGUGUACACCCCCUUGCACAGCAAGGCGGUGACUCACUGGAACCCGGUGCCAGGAAACAAACGUACGAAGCUAGAACUGAGGAGACACAGUUUUCAAAGGGCCUCAGAGACUGCAACAGAUAAUGAAGCUGGUACUCCAGAGAUCUGACUUCUACGUUCAUGUAUAUAUUUUAUGCUUUUCAAAUCUGGCCCUUAGAGACCACAGAGAAAAACUUCUCAUCCUGGCGAGUUUUUCUCUUCCUCCCUCACUUUCUGUCUUCCAUCCCCCGCCCUUCCUCUCCUUUUUCUACCAUAGCAAGUAGCAUAUCGACACAAAAUAGAUUAUAUUGGCUUUAUAGCAUUUUUUCAUUUGUUUAUUGAACUAAAUAGAUGUAAGCAUUCCAACUAGAAACAGAAAGUCCUUAAUUGAUUUCCAAAGUCCUUAUAAUAUUUACAGAGCUAAUAAUCAUCUUCAAAUGCUCAGCGUACCUGGUUAUCUGACUGCUUUGUAGACUGGGUCAAAAGUAAGGAUAGCCUUUUAGAAGACUAUCUGCUGUGGGUCUCGGACCUCGUACAAAAGACAGUGAUUCCCAUUCAAGGAAAAGUAGUUUGAAUCUCUAAUUAUGAAUAUCACUUUAGAAAAUGACAUGACCAUGAAAAUGCUUCUUAGUGCAUAUUUCUGCAUUGAAUACUUUUUGGUACACAGCUGAGUUCUAUUGAACUUGUAUUUUCCAGCCAUGGGGAAGAGAACUAACACAAGGUCACUUAGUAAAAAGAAUAUAAGGCUAAUUUGGAUUCAAAAUUGAUUACCCUUGAAAGUGUCUAACUGAUUAACAGUUUCUAUUCUCAGUGUGAGAAUGUAAAACAAGAUAUGCUAUUUAAAGUUACCAAGCUCUGGCUCAUGUAGCUGAUCUUACCUCCAGCAACCCUUCAUCUGUCUUUUCUCCAUCUGAUAGGACUGUAUUUGUCUUUAUAAUGGGGAAGGGGGACCAAAUCUGAUAUAUCAUGGACAUUAAACUUUCCUCGUCUCAUAUAGGAAUACUAGUAACAUGUGAUUAUAGCACAUUUAAUUAUCUAUUUGGCUGCAGUGUUGAUGAGAGAAAACAGUGGUACUAGCAUCCUAACCAUGGCAUAAAAGAGUGACAUCACUAAACAAAACCACAGUUAUCUCCGUCUUUUUAAGACUUAUAAACUGCUUUAACCUUAAAAUGAUUCCACAUUAGCUCCCUGGCUACUUUAGGUAAGAUAUCUCUGUGUUAAGGAUUAGGAUGCUGUCCAUUGUUUACAGAGGGGCCAUUCUUCAUAAUGCUUUGCAUGGGAGAGCACAAACUACAGAAGAGUGGCUCAAGGAUUGCCCUCGCCCUCUCCACAGAUAAGAAGCAGAUGAAAAGCAUGUUACUUGGCUGAAGGAGUAUACUUAGAGACAGAGUCGAAACAGGACCACUGUCACUUAAUCCCAAUCUCUCCAACCUUAAAAGCUUCCCAGGCUCCACCAGGACUGUUGUCAACAGCACCCACACUGCAGUUAAUUAACAUUGUUUCCCCCUUAAGUGCACCGACUUUUGAAACUUGAGUUGUAUAAGAAGGAAAUUGAUUCAGGGAAGAGUAACGAUAAAGUAACAAAUGUCCUUUGCUAAUUAUACUUUUCUAGAGAACUCUAAGUGUGCAUCUAUUAAAACAAGAAAUGUUAA